CAUUUUGUACGAUGUCAAGUGUUGUCUAUAGUUCGUUGUGUCCUAGAAUAGUGAAGGGAAAGCGGGACGCCUUCAUCUUUAUAUUGAAGAUCAAGAAAUGGAGUAAAGCGUAGUCAACUUAAAGCUGAAACAAGCGUUAUCAGGUUAUUCAACGACACUUGUUACAAAUAAACUUUAGUGCUAGAAAAGAUGGCACAAAGAUUUCCUGUGCCAAAUGCAGGAAGUAAUGGACCACCACCUCAGCGAUAUCCACAAUCCUCGGUACCACCAAAUUUGCGCCAGUACUCUGGGCCAAAUUUUCCAAUGCAACAGAGAUCUGGAUUUACUCCGCCACCACAAAUGGGUAAUGCUGGGCCUGGCCCAGGUGGAAUAAUGAGACCAAACCAACCUUACUCAAAUAUGCGUCAGGGUCCAAUGCCCACGCCACCUGUUGGAAAAAGAAGCGCGGAUCAACGUAUUCCUAUGUCUCAGCAAAAACCGUAUUUUUGGAACAGUGAUUUUUCACAUUCCACAUCAAAGAAAAAGAAGAAAUUGGCAGACAAAAUAUUACCUCAAAAAGUGCGUGAUUUGGUACCAGAGUCGCAAGCUUAUAUGGACUUACUGGCAUUCGAAAGAAAGUUGGAUGCAACUAUAAUGCGAAAACGUCUCGAUAUUCAAGAAGCUUUGAAGCGUCCAAUGAAGCAGAAGCGAAAAUUACGUAUUUUUAUCUCAAACACAUUUUAUCCGGCUAAAGAGGCAGGUGAAGGAGAAGAGGGAUCUGUAGCAUCUUGGGAACUUAGAGUAGAAGGACGUCUUUUAGAUGAUACUAAAAAUGAUCCCAAUAAGGUAAAACGAAAGUUUUCAUCUUUCUUCAAAAGUUUGGUAAUAGAAUUGGACAAAGAUCUCUAUGGUCCUGAUAAUCAUUUGGUCGAGUGGCAUCGUACGUUGACUACUCAGGAAACCGAUGGAUUUCAAGUUAAAAGACCAGGUGACAAGAACGUUCGCUGUACAAUCCUUCUUCUUCUUGAUUAUCAACCACUACAGUUUAAAUUGGACCCAAGAUUAGCGCGAUUACUAGGCGUACAUACGCAAACGCGACCCGUCAUCAUAUCCGCGCUUUGGCAAUAUAUAAAAACGCACAAGCUCCAAGACAGUCACGAGAGAGAAUUUAUUAACUGUGAUAAAUACUUGGAACAGAUAUUUGCCUGCCCGCGAAUGAAAUUCGCUGAGAUACCACAACGACUGAAUCCAUUAUUGCAUCCACCUGAUCCCAUUGUGAUAAAUCAUGUUAUAAGCGUAGAAGGUACGGAAACAAAACAAACCGCGUGUUAUGACAUCGAUGUAGAAGUAGACGAUACAUUGAAAACGCAAAUGAAUAAUUUCUUGCUAUCGACUGCAAGCCAGCAGGAAAUCCAGAGUCUGGAUAAUAAGAUUCACGAAACCGUUGAGACAAUUAAUCAGUUGAAGACCAAUCGUGAGUUCUUCCUGAGUUUCGCUAAAGAUCCGCAACAGUUUAUCAAUAAGUGGAUCAUCUCUCAGACUAGAGAUUUGAAGACCAUGACCGACGUUGUUGGGAAUCCGGAAGAAGAACGGAGAGCUGAAUUUUACUAUCAGCCUUGGGCACAGGAAGCCGUGUGUCGUUACUUUUAUACAAAAGUGCAACAAAAACGAGCAGAGUUGGAACAAGCAUUGGGUAUCAGGAACUCAUAAAAUUAUUAUUAAAAAUUCUAUAUUUGACCAUUUUAUCAUAAAGCUAUGUAAGAUAUUCGUAAAUGUUCGCUUUUAUAAUUAUUACAUGUAACGCUAUUGUGGUUUAUCUUUCAAAACAUAUUUGUAACAUUAAUGUAGAUUAUGCGAAAGGAUUACAUUAUGCAAAAAAAAUUUUACGCUUAUGUGAAAAUAAAAAUGUAACGAGA